CUUUACCCCGACCAUCAGAACGACGAUUUUCCGGAGCAGAUUCUAUGAGGCAAAGGAAAGAAAAAUAUUGCGCAAUGGACUGGCGUAUAGUUCUCAUCCUAACUGUAUUGGCAAUUAUACCGUGCAUUUAUGGAUUUAAUUCUAUCGAAACAAUUUCAUCUACUACUGAUCGAAUGUCACCGCAUCGAGUUGAUCGACAAACCACUGAUGACCCACUUGGUUUCUCAAUCAACCGUAUGCAAAAGAUCUCCCGUAUCGUCAACAGUAUCUACUUGACAGCGGAAUUAACUGCUGGAACUGCAAAUACUUAUGACUUGAUUGCGGAAUUCUUCAAUUUUGGACCCGAUUCUUACAACAAAUUGCAAUCGAUUGAUAUGAAAGAGCUGAAAUCAGGACUCGAGGAAAUUGUGAGCAUCCACUCUGAGUUGACGUACACUGAUAUUGACAAGAGAGCUGAACAACGAUUCCGGCAUUUGAUUGAGAUAAGGAAAGAAGUUGAGGGUGUUGGAAGCUUGGAAGAUAUUAAAGAUGCACAAGCUAACUACAAAAGUGAAUUGGAGACGUUCAAAAAGACGACAUUCGACACAGCCGGCAUUGAAGAAUUCCAAAAUGCUGUGAAAAACUUUAUUGGAGCAGCAGCAGAUGUGGAGAAGUAUUCGAACCUUGAGAAACUAACUGAUGUGGAUAUAAUGUACGCUCGACCGCUUAUCUAUACUUUGAAAACAUCUAUCGAAAACCUUGCAAAAUCAUAUUCCAGUAUAAAUAGUUUUGACGAUUUUGAGAAGAUAAGGAACCCGAGUGAAUUCGUCGAUCCAAUUUCAAAAAUUGUUUCUGGCUAUAAGAAGUAUAAUGCUAGUCGGACUACAAUCGAGAGAGAUGGGAAUUUUGCUAAAGGAAUGCAGUCUAAUGCGAACAAUAUGAAACGACUGGAAAACGUGGCAUCUGUGUUUGAAGGUUUAGGAUCAUUUGUCAAAAAUCUGCAAGCUGUCAUUGACGUUCGUCAGACUAUGCAUCUUCCUAAAUACACUGUUGGAUUCAUUGAUGGAACUUUUGAUCCGAAGAAGGUUGUGACUGAUCUGGAAGAUGACUGGGUUCAAAGUGUUACACAUGAGAUGGAUUUGAACAGAACUAUCAAUUUAUUGCUUCCAAUUGGUGAUCAUGUAUCUGCAAUCGAAGCAUCAUUCCUAUCAAGUUCCUCAAAACAAUCGAAGUUCUUCACAGGCUUCAAAAGUUCAGAGACUGAAGUUUCCCCGGUCGACGGCAGCAUUGAUAGCAUUAUAUCAACAAGCAAAAAGGUUAGUGAGUGUAUCAUAGCUCCUCUGACAUAUCUUGAGAGUAUAAAAGAAGUUGAAAUACUUCUUCAAGCCAUUGAAUCCUUGAAGAAAACAGUUGAUACACUUGUCGGGACUAAAGAGCUCGUGAACUGGGUGAAGACGAACGAUGUUGUCUUGAAAGAGGUGGAAGCUUUAUGCUCAUACACUGAUGAAGAAAAAAAAGAUUUUGAAAGUUCAGUUCCCAUCAAACUGAAAGGCUUGAAGUCUUCGGAAAACUAUACCUCGCUCAUAAAAACACUGAAUCAAUCGUCUCUUUUUGCUGACGCUGUGUUUUCCGAAAAGUUGUCAACCACGGGCCAAGAAACUGCAUAUAUACUUGGAGGACUUCAGUCUUUGGAUGCUUUCUACAAUUCGGCGACCGACCACAUUGCUUUUUUUGAUUGCUUGCUGAAUGUUGCCUAUUAUGAUUUGAUUCCACUUGCAAUUGAUACGCUCAACAAGGUUCGGAAGAUGGAUGUGCAGCCGAUUCGAGACGGAAUUGAUGUUGUCAAUGAUCUAUUCAAUGUUUCCAAUCAACUUGACGAACUGAAAACAAAGCUCCGCGAGCUGAAUGAUCCUAAUUUUUCAAUCGCAGAAACUCCGUUGUCGAAUCCUUCCCUUCAUACUACAACAAUUGGAUUGUCGGUGAGAGGUGUCAUUAGGAUGAAAGACGAGAUCGAUCAUAGAUCAGAUUUUGAUGUGGUGAUUGAGAAUGCUGAGAUGGUAGAUCAAGAGAUGAAGAACACUGGAAAAAAGGCGAUCAAUAUGGUGGAGUUUGGUUCACGGCUGAAGAAGUUGAAGUCAGAGUUGGAGGGAUGGAAGAGUAACAUCACAGUCGGAGGAGCUCAUCGCAUUCGACGAAGUACACCAUCACUUGCAGACUAUGCACACAUCUUUCAAAAUGCUCUGAAAGUCGGUGGAGUUGAUGAUGAUCUGAAGAAGUUGAUGGAUGCAGUUAAGGAUUUUGAGAAGACUGGUAAAGAUGCUGCAACGAAGGUUAAACUGAAGGAAGUGAUCGCAUCACUGAACUCUCUGAACUCCAUUGGUCUGCAACUUUCUAGCUUCGCGACUCCAUUCACUGCAAUUGGACAGUCGUUUUCUGCACUUGAUGCAUUCUUUGUCAGCAACGGAAAAAUCAUCACUACACCUGCUCCGAUUGUUUCCAGUUCUGGUGCUUCUCAAGAAGGACAGAAAAGUGCUGGCGGAUCGAUGACUUUGCAGCCAUCUCAGACAGUGUCAGUAACAACUACUGAAGAACCUAUGGACGAGUCAACAAAUUUGAUGAUAUUCAUUGGAAUCGGAUGUGGAAUUGUCCUGGUGUCAGCGUUGAUUGUUGCGGUGGUUUGCUUUUACAAAAGGAAUAAGAUUGCAAAUGAUGAUAUGGAGCAGGGUACCAAGAUUGAGAAGGAGAAGAUAGCCAGGGAACUUGCUGCUCAGGAAGCACAAAACAUAGAAGCAGAAAAGAAAAAAAAGGAGAUAAAGGAUCUGGAAGCAAAAGUUGAUUAUGAAAAGCAGAAAGGAGAAAAGAUCAAGGAAGAAGCUGAAAAGGAGAUCCAGGAUCAUCGGAAGAAGGUAGAAGAUGAUAAACUUCCAAAGUUUUACGACAUUCGCUCUCCCACAAUUGAAGAUGCAACGGCGCUCGAAGGAGACAAGGGUGCGACGAAUAAUGGAAAAUUGCCGCUGAAAGCCAUGUAUCAGUUUUGCAAAAGCAUUCUUCGCAUCGCCAACUUGGCGCCAAAUAAUGCAAUUGUGGAGAGUGAGAAGUAUUCGGAACAGGACAGGUAUUCGGACGUCUUAUGCGGUAUGGACAACCGCAUUUUGAUUGAUGAGGACGUAUGUAGGAGAUGUUACUUCAAGGAUCAGUACAUCAAUGCAAACUAUCUGGAAUUGCCCAACGGAAAUCGUAUGAUUCUGACUCAGGCUCCCAUGUCGAGAACGGAACAUUUUAAACCGGAAAAGGAUAAGAAAAGGAAAAAUUUAUAUAGUCUGUCAGACGAGGAAGAAGAAAUUAGUUACUUGGUCCAAACAGUUGACAAGUUCUACCAGACGAUUGUUCAGACUGGUACCGAAGUUGUUGCGAUGCUCUGUGACUUUAAUGAAGAAGGUGUUGAGAAGUGUAGCUCUUAUUUUCCGCUGGAAAAAGAUGGCAAACAAAAGUUUCACAAUGUGAACGUUUGUACGACGAAUGUGCAGCAUCCGAGUGCGGACGUUGUGUUGCGGACUCUUGUGAUCACUAGCUAUCUCGGCGAAAAGAAAAAAACUCACACAGUGAAGCACUACUCCUACAAGGGAUGGAUUGAGAAGAACGCACCGGAGUUGCCGAGGGAGAUCUUGAACAUCUUCAGAGUUGCCAGAAACUCGAAAUCUCUUGUUGUGCACUGCUCGAAUGGAAUUGGACGUUCUGCAGCGUUUGUUUUCGCUGAGUUCGUCUACCAAAAGAUGAUUCGUAGUCUGGACACAACUUCCACCGUGAAUCUGGAUUUCUUGUCAUUGCUUACCGAGCUGAGACAUUCAAGACCCAGAGCCAUCCACACGCCGAUGCAAUUGGCUUUUUCCAUUAUGAUGGUACUGGAUUUUGUGAUGAAUAAUUUUCCGAAAGGAGAGAUGGAAGCCAAGUAUCAAGAGAUCAGAAAGUCUUAUUUGCAUGCUCGUCAGAUGAUGCAUAAGGAUUUGGAAUUUGACGGUUCUGACGGUAAAACUGUUGAUAUCGCUCUUGACGAGGAUGGUCAUGGGAUUCCGGAGAAAAAGGGUAAAAAGAAGACGAACAAGAAGGCUGCCCAACAAGCAUCGGUGAAAAAGGAUGAGAAGAGCAAGAAGAAGAGCAAGAAGGACAGCAAGAAAGGAUCAAAGAUGGACAUGAAGACAGCCGAAGAGGGGAUGAAAUCAUUGCAAAAGAAGGCUGCUUAAGACUACUCGUGUUGUAUAGAAGAUUUCCAAUGACGGAAAUUUGAAAUGUGAAUGAAUUUUUUGAUGAAA